GUUAACGCUAAACGUCCACUUAACGUUAAUUAGUGUUGACUAAACUCAUAUCUAAAAUGGCCCAGUCAACAUAAAUUUGUUAAUUUUUAGCUUAAUGAAAAGUUUGUUUAUUGUUUGGCAAAUUUAAGUAAGUUUCAGUAUUUAAAUGUCCGUUUUCUCGAUUUAAACGUCCAUAAAAAAAUCAAUAUAUCCUCCUAGUCUAUUUUUAUUAAAAACUUUCCAAAUGGUUGAUUUUUCCGGCAAAAGGGUUAACGACCAUAAGAGUUACUGCAAGCAUUUCUAUAGAUAGAGGACGAUCGUCCCACACCCAUCAAGCCUAUUUGUAUUCUCCAUCAUCCACCACGUUCUUAUUUACCACAAAAAACAAAUCAUCUACUACAAAAACUUGAGAGCAAAACUUGGUUAUUUGAGAAAGGAAAAAAAAUACAAAGACCACAUGUUUUAUUAGGGAAUGCUUUUGAGUUUGAAAAGAGGAUUUGUUUGGAAUAAAUGGAGCAGAAGAGCGUGUUGUUUUCAGCGUUAGGCGUUAGUGUUGGGCUAGGUCUCGGGCUAGCGUCAGGUCAAGGUUUAGGUAAAUGGGCAAACGGCUCGGUUGCUGCAGACGAUGGGCUUACGGGAGAAAAGAUCGAGCAAGAGUUGGCGAGGCAGAUUGUUGAUGGAAGAGAAAGUAGUGUCACUUUCGAUGAGUUUCCUUAUUUCCUAAGCGAGAAAACUCGGCUUUUAUUGACAAGUGCAGCUUAUGUUCACCUAAAGCAGUUCGAUAUCUCCAAGCACACACGUAAUCUUGCACCUGCGAGUAAGGCUAUUCUUCUAUCUGGACCUGCUGAAUUCUAUCAGCAAAUGCUUGCAAAAGCAUUGGCUCAUUAUUUUGAAUCAAAACUAUUGCUACUAGAUGUAACCGACUUCUCUAUUAAGAUGCAAAGCAAGUACGGAUGCAUCAAGAAGGAACCUUGUCACAAGAGGUCUAUUUCUGAGAUGACAUUGGACAAAAUGUCUAAUUUGAUGGAGUCUUUCUCCAUGCUCACCCAAAGGGAAGAAACAAGAGGGACAUUGCGUAGGCUCACUAGUGGUAACGAUCUUACCUCAAGGGGCUUUGAAGGCUCAAGUCAUCCUAAUCGACUGAAGCGAAAUGCUUCUGCUGCUUCUGAUAUCAGUAGCAUAUCUUCCCGUUCUGCGAGUUCUGUUUCAGGUGUGGAACCAUCUUCUUCUUUCCUUUCUUACGUCAAACUAGUCCUAACUCCUCUUAAAAUCUUAUACCUCUUGUUCUUUUUUUUUUUGGCUUUUAACACCUUUCUAGCUUCAACCAAACGCAGUACAAACUUGUGCUUUGAUGAGAAACUUUUCCUUCAGUCACUUUACAAGGUCUUGGUUUCGGUUUCUGAAACCAAUCCCAUAAUAAUAUACCUAAGGGACGUUGAGAAGCUUAUUCAAUCAGAAAGGUUCUACAAGUUGUUCCAGAGGCUCUUGACUAAGCUUUCUGGUCCUGUUUUACUUCUCGGCUCAAGACUAUUAGAACCUGAAGAUGACUGCCAAGAAGUAGGAGAAGGCAUUUCUGCUUUGUUUCCUUACAACAUCGAGAUCCGACCUCCAGAGGAUGAAUCUCAGCUCAUGAGCUGGAAAACUAGAUUUGAAGACGACAUGAAACUGAUUCAGUUUCAGGACAACAAGAACCACAUAGCUGAGGUUCUUGCGGCUAAUGAUCUCGAAUGUGAUGACUUAGGUUCCAUAUGCCAUGCGGAUACAAUGUUCCUAAGCAGCCACAUUGAGGAGAUUGUUGUUUCUGCAAUCUCUUACCAUCUGAUGAACAAUAAAGAACCUGAAUACAAAAACGGGAGGCUUGUAAUAUCUUCCAACAGCUUGUCCCAUGGACUGAGUAUAUUCCAGGAAGGUAGCAAAUACCCUGAGAACUCCUUGAAGCUGGACAGAAACACUGACUCCAAGGGAGAAGAAAGUGAAGAGAUAGUAAAGAGUGAGUCCAAAUCUGAGACGGUUCCUGCAAACAAAAAUGAUUUGGAAAGCUCUAUUCCUGCAGCAAAGAAUGAAUGUCCCCUACCACCAAAAGCACCUGUAAAUGAGGUGGCUCCUGAUAAUGAAUUUGAGAAGCGGAUAAGACCAGAGGUUAUCCCAGCAAAUGAGAUUGGUGUGACCUUUGCUGAUAUAGGUUCACUAGAUGAAACAAAAGAAUCACUCCAAGAGCUUGUCAUGCUUCCUCUACGUAGGCCUGACCUGUUCAAAGGUGGUCUCCUCAAACCCUGCAGGGGUAUCCUCCUCUUUGGACCACCUGGUACUGGUAAAACUAUGAUGGCAAAGGCCAUUGCCAACGAAGCUGGAGCUAGUUUCAUAAACGUCUCCAUGUCCACAAUCACUUCAAAAUGGUUUGGAGAAGAUGAGAAGAAUGUGAGAGCUUUGUUCACACUUGCAGCUAAAGUGUCUCCAACUAUAAUAUUUGUGGAUGAAGUGGAUAGCAUGCUGGGGCAAAGGACUAGAGCUGGAGAGCAUGAGGCUAUGAGGAAGAUUAAAAAUGAGUUCAUGACACAUUGGGAUGGGCUUAUGUCUAAUUCAGGUGAUAGGAUUCUUGUCCUUGCUGCAACUAACAGACCGUUUGAUCUAGAUGAAGCAAUCAUUAGGAGGUUUGAGAGAAGAAUCAUGGUUGGUCUUCCAUCGGUGGAGAGCAGGGAGAAGAUCUUGAGAACCUUAUUGUCAAAAGAGAAGACAGAGAAUCUUGAUUUCCAUGAGCUUGCGCAGAUGACAGAUGGCUAUAGUGGAAGUGAUCUCAAGAACUUCUGCACAACAGCUGCAUAUAGACCUGUAAGGGAGUUGAUAAAGCAGGAGUGCUUGAAAGACCAGGAGAGGAAGAAGAGAGAGGAACCAGAGAAGAGUAGUGAAGAGGGUUCUGAAGAAAAAGAAGAAGCAUCUGAGGAGAGAGUCAUAACGCUGAGAGCUUUGAGCAUGGAAGACAUGAGAGUAGCUAAAAGCCAAGUUGCUGCUAGCUUUGCAGCAGAAGGAGCAGGGAUGAAUGAACUGAAGCAGUGGAAUGAUUUGUAUGGAGAAGGAGGCUCCAGGAAGAAGGAACAGCUCUCUUACUUCCUUUAAUAGCUCUAACCCCACUCCUCUCUACAUCUUCAACAAAGUUUUCAUCUCUAUGUGUCUGAUAUUUCAUUAAUUAGUAUUAUCUUAUUAAACAUAACUUUGUAAAUAAAACAUGUACAGUUAAUUUAUCCCUUCUUAUCUUAUUAAUAUAAAGUUUAACUGUUUAUGUCUUGCUGAAUGCUCUCGCCAAAGAUUACAUGAAACAACAUUUAUGAAACUCAACAAAACAUAGUCUAAGAUUUUUUGUUUACUGUGGGAGAUUCUGUGUUGAUGAAGUGAAUAGAUGCAGAACCGCAGAC